AUGAGUGACAUAUCAACCACGCAUGAGUGGUGGUGGGCUAAUAUGCUAUUAAUCUUCACAUUAAUACAGUGUAGUGUAGUUGGAUUUAGGAUUAAUUCGUUAAAUUCACCCCUAUUUAAACGCCAGACCGAUACAAUUUAUGGCCUUGCCUCUUCUAUACCUCCCGGAGGUUGCGGUAUAGCAAUUGUUAGAGUUUCUGGACCAAAAGUUGGGCUUAUAUUCAACAGAAUUACUGGUGAUUCAUUUAAUAAAAAAUUGUUAUACAAAAGAUUGUUUUCGAUUGAGAAUGAACCCAUAGAUGAUGCCAUAUGCCUACUAUUUCCAUCACCAAAAUCAUACACUGGCGAAGAUGUGAUUGAAUUUCAUACACACGGAAGUAGAGCCGUAAUAAAUGCACUCUUUGAUGCUAUAUCAAGGGUUGAUGACUCUGGUACUAUACGUAUUGCAGAUAGAGGAGAGUUUAUAAGACGCGCUUUCUACAAUGGAAAAGUGAAGUUAUCUCAAGUUGAAGCGAUUGGAGAUUUAAUUGCGGCGAAUACUCAAGAACAAAGGAAAUUAGCAUUCUCAGCGAUGUCUGGAUCAUUAUAUAAUUUAUACAAAAAAUGGUCUGAUAAUCUAAUAUAUGCUUUGUCUAACUUGGAAGCAUGUAUUGAUUUUGGAGAAGAAUCUUCCAGUGACUUCCAAUUACUUGAUACAAUUAAGUAUGCAAAAACAAUUGUUUGUGAAGUUUUGAAGGAAAUUACAUCAAAAAUAAACGAUAGGAGAGGACAUAUCAUUAGAAAUUCUGCAAAUGUGAUAAUUUUAGGAACUCCAAAUUCUGGAAAAAGCACACUGAUAAAUUCUAUCUCACAAGAAACUAUUAGCAUAGUCUCAAAUUUAGCCGGAACUACAAGGGAUUUGGUAACAGCUCACGUUGAUAUCGAUGGAUUCCCAUUUACAUUCACUGAUACUGCAGGGAUCAGACAUAUAGAUAAUCAUUUAUUAACACAUAAUUCAAUAGAGGCAGAAGGGAUUAGUCGAGCCUUAAAUGCUGCACUAAAUGCAGAUUGUAUAUUACAACUUCUGGAUCCAAAUAAUGAAAUAGAAUCAUUAUUAGCCCUUAAUAAAACGCUGGAAAUGAUUAAGGAUAAACCCAUUCCAUUGAUUCUUUGCCAUGGAAAAUCUGAUUUAACUCAUAAUGAUUUUAAUGAUGCUAAAUUGAAGUGCCCAAAUGCAAAAUUUAUCAAGAUCUCGCCAUUGAAUGGUUCAAAUAUUGCAGAAUUAGGACGAAUCAUUAGAGAUUCCUUAGAUUUAAAUGGCAUUGAUUCGCUUGUUAGUAGCCAUAGACAUAUAGAACAUUUGAAGGCAAUAAAGGUUACACUAGAGCAAUUUUUAGAUGUUGAUUUGAAUAGUAAUAUUGAAAUUGCCACGGAAUAUCUGAGAACUAGUUUGACAAACAUGGAUGCAAUAAUCGGAAUUAAUGUACAAGAAUCGGUUUUAGAUAAGAUUUUUAGUAGCUUUUGCAUCGGUAAAUAA